AGGUUAUGUAUAAAUAAUUUGAAAGUCAAACUAAAAGUCAAGUGUUUUUAUUUCAACCCUGAAAUCUUUAAAAACUAAUUUAAUAUCCUCAAUAAUAACAAUAAGAACAGUUUUAAAAAUGGACUUACUAGGAUCAAUAAUGAAUUCAAUGGAUAAACCACCAAGUUUAACCGAAAAAGAAAAACAGUUAAAAAAAAAGAGGAAAGAAGAAAUUGAAAGACGCCAAAAUGAAGAAAAAGAUAAGCUAAAACGGUUUAAAGAUCGAGUGGAAGCAAAACUUUUAUCACAUUUUAAGGAUACAUCCAACCUUACUUUAAAAUUUGAACCCAUGGACCAAAUAUGUAGAAGCAUAGUUCAUGAAUUAGCUGAGGCAUGUGGUCUGCUGUCUUUUGCCUUUGGAAUUGAUGGUGUUGAUAGGUAUAUAAGAGUAUACAAGAAAGAAUAUCCUCCCUGUGAAGAUGAAUUAGCUGCAAGGAGAAGAGGUGAACCUUGGAAUGAAGAAGUUAAAAGAAGACUAAUUGAAAAACGACGACUAGAUAAUUUAGAUGACCAAGAACAAGAAUGCUCUUCCAAAAAAUCUAAAAAGUUCAUACCAAACUCAAAUUAUAAAGAUAAGUAUGUACACCUUAUUGGUGAGGAUGCAGCUUUAAAGGCUGCUAUGAAGACGCAAACUAAUAAAUCCUAUGGAUAUGUACCUAGUGAAAAUAAAAAGGAUGUUAGAUCAAUUGAGCAGACGAUGGCUGACAUAAUGGCUAAAAAGAAACAAAAACUCCAUACCGAUCCAAGUGAAAGUUCCUCUAGUGCGCUUUCAGAGACUUGAACCUCGCAAUAAUUCGAAUGUAAUUUAAUGUUAAUUAUCUUAUUUGUAAAUUAAUUGUUGAGUAUUAUCUUAGAUGUAAUUUUAGUUCAAAGAAAUAUUUUAAAAUA